AUGGCAGGCAUGCAGAACAGCAGAGCAGAGCACGGGGUGACUUUUGAGUCAACUCAGAAGGGGUACUCCUUGUCUGGCAGCGGGUCCCUCGUGCCCUCGUUGUGCUUCAGCACCUGCUCACACCGCAUGACAGGCAGGAGGACAGAAGAGCACGGGCGUGGCAGGGAAGGCGAUGUGAGCACACAUCAGAACGUUGUGUUGUGCUCGUAUCAUCAUGCCAUUUCCAAGCUACCAUUUGAAGGGGCGUUACCAUUUGAAGGGGCGUUACCAUUUGAAGGGGCGUUACCAUUUGAAGGGGCGUUACCAUUUGCACGGGCGUUACCAUUUGCAGGGGCGUUACCAUUUGAAGGGGCGUUACCAUUUGAAGGGGCGUUACCAUUUGAAGGGGCGUUACCAUUUGCAGGGACGUUACCAUUUGAAGGGGCGUUACCAUUUGAAGGGGCGUUACCAUUUGAAGGCGCGUUACCAUUUGAAGGGGCGUUACCAUUUGAAGGGGCGUUACCAUUUGAAGGGGCGUUACCAUUUGCAGGGGCGUUACCAUUUGAAGGGGCGUUACCAUUUGAAGGGGCGUUACCAUUUGCAGGGGCGUUACCAUUUGAAGGGGCGUUACCAUUUGCAGGGGCGUUACCAUUUGCAGGGGCGUUACCAUUUGAAGGGGCGUUACCAUUUGAAGGCGCGUUACCAUUUGCAGGGGCGUUACGAUUUGAAGGGGCAUUACCAUUUGAAGGGGCGUUACCAUUUGAAGGCACGUUACCAUUUGAAGGGGUGGCGUUGCCAUUUGAAGGGGCGUUACCAUUUGAAGGCGCGUUACCACUUGAAGGGGCGUUACCAUUUGAAGGGGCGUUACCAUUUGAAGGGGCGUUACCAUUUGAAGGGGCGUUACCAUUUGAAGGGGCGUUACCAUUUGAAGGGGCGUUACCAUUUGAAGGGGCGUUACCAUUUGAAAGGGCGUUACCAUUUGCAGGGGCGUUACCAUUUGAAGGAGCGUUACCAUUUGCAAGGGGGCGUUACUAUUUGAAGGGGCGUUACCAUUUGCAGGGGCGUUACCAUUUGAAGGGGCGUUACCAUUUGAAGGGGCGUUACCAUUUGAAGGGGCGUUACCAUUUGAAGGGGCGUUACCGUUUGAAGGCGCGUUACCAUUUGAAGGGGCGUAACCGUUUGAAGGCGCAUUACCAUUUGAAGGGGCGUUACCAUUUGAAGGGGCGUUACCAUUUGAAGGGGUGUUACCAUUUGAAGGGGCGUUACCAUUUGAAGGGGCGUUACCAUUUGAAGGGGCGUUACCAUUUGAAGGGGCGUUACCAUUUGAAGGGGCGUUACCAUUUGAAGGGGCGUUACCAUUUGAAGGGGCGUUACCAUUUGAAGGGGCGUUACCAUUUGAAAGGGCGUUACCAUUUGCAGGGGCGUUACCAUUUGAAGGAGCAUUACCAUUUGAAGGGGCGUUACCAUUUGAAGGGGCGUAACCGUUUGAAGGCGCAUUACCAUUUGAAGGGGCGUUACCAUUUGAAGGGGCGUUACCAUUUGAAGGGGUGUUACCAUUUGAAGGGGCGUUACCAUUUGAAGGGGCGUUACCAUUUGAAGGGGCGUUACCAUUUGAAGGGGCGUUACCAUUUGAAGGGGCGUUACCAUUUGAAGGGGCGUUACCAUUUGAACGGGCGUUACCAUUUGAAGGGGCGUUACCAUUUGAAGGGGCGUUACCAUUUGAAGGGGCGUUACCAUUUGAAGGGGCGUUACCGUUUGAAGGCGCGUUACCAUUUGAAGGGGCGUAACCGGGCGUUACCAUUUGAAGGGGCGUUACCAUUUGAAGGGGCGUUACCAUUUGAAGGGGCGUUACCAUUUGAAGGGGCGUUACCAUUUGAAGGGGCGUUACCAUUUGAAGGGGCGUUACCAUUUGAAGGGGCGUUACCAUUUGAAAGGGCGUUACCAUUUGCAGGGGCGUUACCAUUUGAAGGAGCAUUACCAUUUGAAGGGGCGUUACCAUUUGAAGGGGCGUUACCAUUUGCACGGGCGUUACCAUUUGCAGGGGCGUUACCAUUUGAAGGGGCGUUACCAUUUGAAGGGGCGUUACCAUUUGAAGGGGCGUUACCAUUUGCAGGGACGUUACCAUUUGAAGGGGCGUUACCAUUUGAAGGGGCGUUACCAUUUGAAGGCGCGUUACCAUUUGAAGGGGCGUUACCAUUUGAAGGGGCGUUACCAUUUGAAGGGGCGUUACCAUUUGAAGGGGCGUUACCAUUUGAAGGGGCGUUACCAUUUGAAGGGGCGUUACCAUUUGAAAGGGCGUUACCAUUUGCAGGGGCGUUACCAUUUGAAGGGGCAUUACCAUUUGAAGGGGCGUUACCAUUUGAAGGCACGUUACCAUUUGAAGGGGUGGCGUUGCCAUUUGAAGGGGCGUUACCAUUUGAAGGCGCGUUACCACUUGAAGGGGCGUUACCAUUUGAAGGGGCGUUACCAUUUGAAGGGGCGUUACCAUUUGAAGGGGCGUUACCAUUUGAAGGGGCGUUACCAUUUGAAGGGGCGUUACCAUUUGAAGGGGCGUUACCAUUUGAAAGGGCGUUACCAUUUGCAGGGGCGUUACCAUUUGAAGGAGCGAUACCAUUUGCAAGGGUGUUAUCAUUUGAAGGAGCGUUACCAUUUGCAGGGGCGUUACUAUUUGAAGGCGCGUUACCAUUUGCAGGGGCGUUACUAUUUGAAGGGGCGUUACCAUUUGCAGGGGCGUUACCAUUUGAAGGGGCGUUACCAUUUAAAGGGGCGUUACCAUUUGAAGGGGCGUUACCAUUUGAAGGGGCGUUACCGUUUGAAGGCGCGUUACCAUUUGAAGGGGCGUUACCGUUUGAAGGCGCAUUACCAUUUGAAGGGGCGUUACCAUUUGAAGGGGCGUUACCAUUUGAAGGGGUGUUACCAUUUGAAGGGGCGUUACCAUUUGAAGGGGCAUUACCAUUUGAAGGGGCGUUACCAUUUGAAGGGGCGUUACCAUUUGAAGGCGCGUUACCAUUUGCAGGGGCGUUACCAUUUGAAGGGGCAUUACCAUUUGAAGGGGCGUUACCAUUUGAAGGCACGUUACCAUUUGAAGGGGUGGCGUUGCCAUUUGAAGGGGCGUUACCAUUUGAAGGCGCGUUACCACUUGAAGGGGCGUUACCAUUUGAAGGGGCGUUACCAUUUGAAGGGGCGUUACCAUUUGAAGGGGCGUUACCAUUUGAAGGGGCGUUACCAUUUGAAGGGGCGUUACCAUUUGAAGGGGCGUUACCAUUUGAAGGGGCGUUACCAUUUGAAGGGGCGUUACCAUUUGAACGGGCGUUACCAUUUGAAGGGGCGUUACCAUUUGAAGGGGCGUUACCAUUUGAAGGGGCGUUACCAUUUGAAGGGGCGUUACCGGCGUUACCAUUUGCAGGGGCGUUACCAUUUGAAGGAGCAUUACCAUUUGAAGGGGCGUUACCAUUUGAAGGGGCGUUACCAUUUGCACGGGCGUUACCAUUUGCAGGGGCGUUACCAUUUGAAGGGGCGUUACCAUUUGAAGGGGCGUUACCAUUUGAAGGGGCGUUACCAUUUGCAGGGACGUUACCAUUUGAAGGGGCGUUACCAUUUGAAGGGGCGUUACUAUUUGAAGGCGCGUUACCAUUUGAAGGGGCGUUACCAUUUGAAGGGGCGUUACCAUUUGAAGGGGCGUUACCAUUUGAAGGGGCGUUACCAUUUGAAGGGGCGUUACCAUUUGAAGGGGCGUUACCAUUUGAAAGGGCGUUACCAUUUGCAGGGGCGUUACCAUUUGAAGGGGCAUUACCAUUUGAAGGGGCGUUACCAUUUGAAGGCACGUUACCAUUUGAAGGGGUGGCGUUGCCAUUUGAAGGGGCGUUACCAUUUGAAGGCGCGUUACCACUUGAAGGGGCGUUACCAUUUGAAGGGGCGUUACCAUUUGAAGGGGCGUUACCAUUUGAAGGGGCGUUACCAUUUGAAGGGGCGUUACCAUUUGAAGGGGCGUUACCAUUUGAAGGGGCGUUACCAUUUGAAGGGGCGUUACCAUUUGCAGGGGCGUUACCAUUUGAAGGAGCGUUACCAUUUGCAGGGGCGUUACCAUUUGAAGGGGCGUUACCAUUUGCAGGGGCGUUACCAUUUGAAGAAGGGGCGUUACCAUUUGAAGGGGCGUUACCAUUUGAAGGGGCGUUACCAUUUGCAGGGGCGUUACCAUUUGAAGGGGCGUUACCAUUUGAAGGGGCGUUACCAUUUGAAGGGGCGUUACCAUUUGAAGGGGCGUUACCAUUUGAAGGGGCGUUACCGGCGUUACCAUUUGCAGGGGCGUUACCAUUUGAAGGAGCAUUACCAUUUGAAGGGGCGUUACCAUUUGAAGGGGCGUUACCAUUUGCACGGGCGUUACCAUUUGCAGGGGCGUUACCAUUUGAAGGGGCGUUACCAUUUGAAGGGGCGUUACCAUUUGAAGGGGCGUUACCAUUUGCAGGGACGUUACCAUUUGAAGGGGCGUUACCAUUUGAAGGGGCGUUACUAUUUGAAGGCGCGUUACCAUUUGAAGGGGCGUUACCAUUUGAAGGGGCGUUACCAUUUGAAGGGGCGUUACCAUUUGAAGGGGCGUUACCAUUUGAAGGGGCGUUACCAUUUGAAGGGGCGUUACCAUUUGAAAGGGCGUUACCAUUUGCAGGGGCGUUACCAUUUGAAGGGGCAUUACCAUUUGAAGGGGCGUUACCAUUUGAAGGCACGUUACCAUUUGAAGGGGUGGCGUUGCCAUUUGAAGGGGCGUUACCAUUUGAAGGCGCGUUACCACUUGAAGGGGCGUUACCAUUUGAAGGGGCGUUACCAUUUGAAGGGGCGUUACCAUUUGAAGGGGCGUUACCAUUUGAAGGGGCGUUACCAUUUGAAGGGGCGUUACCAUUUGAAGGGGCGUUACCAUUUGAAGGGGCGUUACCAUUUGCAGGGGCGUUACCAUUUGAAGGAGCGUUACCAUUUGCAGGGGCGUUACCAUUUGAAGGGGCGUUACCAUUUGCAGGGGCGUUACCAUUUGAAGAAGGGGCGUUACCAUUUGAAGGGGCGUUACCAUUUGAAGGGGCGUUACCAUUUGCAGGGGCGUUACCAUUUGAAGGGGCGUUACCAUUUGAAGGGGCGUUACCAUUUGAAGGGGCGUUACCGUUUGAAGGCGCGUUACCAUUUGAAGGGGCGUUACCGUUUGAAGGCGCAUUACCAUUUGAAGGGGCGUUACCAUUUGAAGGGGCGUUACCAUUUGAAGGGGCGUUACCGUUUGAAGGCGCGUUACCAUUUGAAGGGGCGUUACCGUUUGAAGGCGCAUUACCAUUUGAAGGGGCGUUACCAUUUGAAGGGGCGUUACCAUUUGCAGGGGCGUUACCAUUUGAAGGAGCGUUACCAUUUGCAGGGGCGUUACCAUUUGAAGGGGCGUUACCAUUUGCAGGGGCGUUACCAUUUGAAGGAGCGUUACCAUUUGCAGGGGCGUUACCAUUUGAAGGAGCGUUACCAUUUGCAGGGGCGUUACCAUUUGAAGGAGCGAUACCAUUUGCAAGGGUGUUAUCAUUUGAAGGAGCGUUACCAUUUGCAGGGGCGUUACUAUUUGAAGGCGCGUUACCAUUUGCAGGGGCGUUACUAUUUGAAGGGGCGUUACCAUUUGCAGGGGCGUUACCAUUUGAAGGGGCGUUACCAUUUGAAGGGGCGUUACCGUUUGAAGGCGCGUUACCAUUUGAAGGGGCGUUACCGUUUGAAGGCGCAUUACCAUUUGAAGGGGCGUUACCAUUUGAAAGGGCGUUGCCAUUUGAAGGGGCGUUACCAUUUGAAGGCGCGUUACCAUUUGAAGGGGCGUUACCAUUUGAAGGGGCGUUACCAUUUGAAGGGGCGUUACCAUUUGAAGGGGCGUUACCAUUUGAAGGGGCGUUACCAUUUGCAGGGGCGUUACCAUUUGAAGGAGCGUUACCAUUUGCAGGGGCGUUACCAUUUGAAGGGGCGUUACCAUUUGCAGGGGCGUUACCAUUUGAAGGAGCGUUACCAUUUGCAGGGGCGUUACCAUUUGAAGGAGCGUUACCAUUUGCAGGGGCGUUACCGGGCGUUACCAUUUGCAUGGGCGUUACCAUUUGA